AUGUUGCGUGUCAGACGGAAGAGCGGCCUUGAUGACCCCGAGUCUCACCACGCGGCGCGCAAACCAGUGAUCCGAGAGCUCUCCGUGCCGGCGGUAGCCGACUUACGGGAUCCAGUGACGUUAUGGUGCCGCUACGACUUGGCUGGCGCGCGCCUCUACUCCGUCAAGUGGUACAAGGACGACCAGGAGUUCUACCGCUACAUGCCCGACGAGCAACCGCCGGCGCAGACCUUCCCAGUGCCCUACGUCUCCCUGGAUGUGAGUAUCUAA